GACCUCUGGGGGUCGACGUAAUGAAAAAAUCAUUACGUCGGGGGUCUGGGUCCGCAGCCAGUUUGGCUCAGGCCUGCGCUUAUCGGCAGGCCAGAUCCGCAGCAGCUGCGCCCGUGCGCGCGGCCCUCCGCCGACAGCCCGGCGCCGGCGAGACGCCGCGAGCCCGUUUCGGCCCGCGAUGGCGGGCGCCGCCCCGCUGCAGCCGCCGCGCGUGGUCAGAGAGGGCAGCAUCUCCUGGUCGGUCCCCCCCCCGGAGGCUUGGCUGGUCCCGACGUUCCUGGACCCGCACCGGGUACUCCAGAGGAGACUCACGGGGGCGCUGUGGUCGAACUUCUGCAUCGAUCUGGACGGGGAUCUGCCUGACGAGGCGAUCGCCGGCCUCAAGUGGCUCCGGGCCCCGAUCCUGGUCUCCUUCCUGCUGUGCGCGGUGGCCUUCUCGCUGCAGGCCUUCUGCAUGGUCGAGGGCUGGAUCGUCCUCUUCACCAUGAAGUCCAUCCCGCGGGACUGCAUCGCCGUGUGGUACUGGGCGCUCUGCUACUGCAGCGCGGUGUGCUCGCUUCCCAUCUGCAUGGUGCCCGCCGAGCUGGCCGUGGUCUCCUGCGUCGCCCUCGGGGAGGUGAUCCGCCGGCUGAGCUUCCAGUGCUCGGACGACCUCUGCGGCCUCUCCGAGACGGUGGCGCAGUGGGGCCUGCCGUCCGUGGCCUGCGUGGCGGUGGCCGGAGGCGUCGCCCACCUGACGCUGGGCCGGCUGCGUCGUAUCCACGGCCGCUGGCGCCAGGAGGGCGCGGCCCCGGAGGAGGUCGUCUCCAUCGUGUUCUCCGACGCGAUGUGCUGCGAGCAGGACGAUGCCGAGUGCGUCGUCUGCAUGACGGAGGACCCUUCGGCGCGCUGGAUCAAGCUGAAGUGCAGCCAUGGCUUCCACGAGGGCUGCAUCCGGGAGUGGCUGGAGCGCUCGAGUCGAUGCCCGCUCUGCCGGCUGGACUUACGGACGGCGUAUUUGGAUCCGUGAGGCCCCCGGCAGCGCCGGCGAGGCGGCACUCGCCUGAGCGGGCCGCUGGCGGGCCGUCGGGCCUUUCGCGGCCACGUGAGGAUCUCUACGGCAAUUUGUCCUCUUCAUGGGGGGAGCGCAGAAAUUUGUUCCUGCGGUGGGAUCUCGCCGCUGGGCACUGCCUGGGCACGGCCUCAGUAAUUUCGCUCCUCGCCUUCCGAGGCAAUUGUUUGGCUUGCGCAGCAAUUGUGGGCUUAGUGAAUUCGAUCAGUGAUGUCUUCUAUCUUUUACAGUUCACAUGAAGAUGACGGCCGGGCUAACGGGUUUAGAACACUGACUAACCCUACCCUGCGCUCUGACCUAGAGUGCGCAGGCAGUUACCAGGGCUACGUCAUGCGUGCGCUAAUUUAGACGUCUUAGCGCGUAGGUCCAGAUCUUUCGUUGCCCGAUCUCCCCGCUCCUCGCCUGCUGAUUGUUUCUGCCUUCCCUCCAUCUCCUGCCUCCUGCAUGCAGUCUGUAGGAAAGCCAUAGCAGUUUCUGGCAUACGUAGAGGUCCUGUCGCUUGUACAAAGAUGGCAAGCGCAUUUGGCCGCUGUGAUUAGCUAGACGUUGUGCAUUGUUUCGAGUGGUUGCUGGCCAUCGCCAGUUCCCCUCCCUCGGUUUCCUUCCUCCUCUCGCUAAUUCCGGUCGUUUCUGGUGUGCGUGCGUUCCUUGCCUACCCCUCCAUGAAUUUCCUCCCAGGCGCAUUACGUCUCGCUCGCAGAGGUGAACACAGCCACCUUGUACAGCAGACUGCGGCUGUCGCGGGAGCUCCCCGUGCUGUGUUCCGUUCAUUGUUCAUCUUCACUCCCUUCAUGGGCCAGAAGUUGUCGCCACACGUUUUUGGAACGUGGUUGCUUCAGCUCCUCCUCCUCCUCCUCCUCCUCCCCUCCUCCGACCCCCUCUCUCCAACACCCUUCUCACCCCCUCCGAGAUUCUGGCGUCGCACUUUCCUUUUUCUCGCAGCGGACAACCUGUCUUGCUGUGUUUCAAGCCCCAGGACACUCACGUGUCCAUCCGCUUGGUGGUCUUUGAAAAAGCACAGUGCUUUUUUGUAUGUAUAUAGACAAAGGGAAUCCGCUGUAAGCCCUGUCCCCGUGGAUUUGGUCCAUAUUAUCCCGUUUGGGUGAUCUCCUCAAUUUGUAUCAUUCUUAUCGUUGUUAUUUUUCUUCUGGGCUCCAGCCGAUCGAAGCUGGCUGCUUUGGACCGUUUCCAAUGCGUGUUCAAAACCAACACCCC